AUGAAUGCUGUGGAUGAGUUAAAUCUGCGCCUUGGCAUUGGGCCACCGCGACCGCGUCUCCCUAUUACACUGCAGCGCUCUGGAUACAGCGCAGUGCGGCAGCUUGGCAAAGGCAGCUUUGGCAAUGCAUACCUCGUUUUUCAUGCCGAACGCAAGCAGCUCUACGUUGUGAAGCAUGUGAACAUGGCAAACAUGACGUCGCGGCAGCGCAGGGAUGCUCACCAGGAGAUUGUGGUGCUGCAGCAGCUUGAGUACCCAAACAUUAUCCGUUAUGUGGAGUUUUGCGAGGAGCACCCACACCUGUACAUCGUGAUGGAGUACGCUGACGGCGGUGAUGUUUACACGCAUCUGAAAAAUCUCAAGAGCAGCGUUUGGGCGCUUGGCGGCGGCGGUGUCGGCGGCGGUGGAAGCAGCGGCGGGCUGACGGAAGAGCAGGUGAUCAGCCUCUUUGUGCAGACGACAAUGGCAGUGAAAUACAUGCAUGACCGUCGUUUGCUGCACCGUGACAUCAAAUCUCAAAAUGUCUUUCUCACGAAAAAUCAUGUUGUGAAGUUGGGCGACUUUGGCAUCAGCACCGUACUGGUGAGUACCGUUGCCAUGGCUCGGACAAUGUGCGGUACGCCGUGCUACUUCUCCCCGGAGCUCUGCGAGGGAAAGCCCUACAACAACAGAUCCGACGUCUGGGCCCUCGGAGUACUGCUGUAUGAAAUUUGCACCACGGGCCGGCUGCCGUUUGAGGCGACAACGAUGAAUCGACUGAUGGAUGAUAUUUGCCGCAAGGAACCACGCCGCAUCCCCGCCGGCUUCUCCGACGAACUCUGGGAACUCGUGUUGUGGAUGUUGAAAAAGGACCCGCGACAACGCCCUGACGCGGGGCAGAUUCUCCGCUCCCCUGUGCUGCUGCGGGCCAUUCCGAAUAUUAUUAAGAAGCUCAGCACUACGGACGGACGCUCCGAGGAUGAAUACAGGCGUGUUCUCUCAGGGGGAGCCACGCCACCACCACCGAUUUGCCCUGCUGUCGGACUGCACCCCAAAAUUGGAAAGGAUUCCGGUGGGAACUCACUGUUGCCGUCUGGUGGUUCAGCUGAGAUCGCGUCGGCUGCUGCUGCUGCAGCGGCUGGUCCCCUUGGUGGCGCACCGAAACGCAACAAUGAGUCUCCUUUCAGACUUGGAAAUGCCUUCGAUGCGGCCAAGGAUCGUCUUGGGGGCGUGCUGGGGGAUCUGGCCAAGCAGCGGGGGCAACUGCAACAGUUGCAACAACAGCGCGAGGACGAAGAGGCUCUGAAAAGGGUGCUGCCCACAAACCAGCCAAUCAUCGGCGACGCCUUCGGGUACAUUCCCGCUCUACUGCGGGGAAAACAAAACUACAACCAAAAUGAAGGCAACAUGGAUGACAAGAGCAAGGCUAACAACAACAACGAGGGAAGUGACCACACUGACGACAUCCGGAAUUAUAAUGCACUGGGUAGGCAUAUGCCCAGUAAGGAGAAUAAGGUCUUUGCGCAGGACGACCAUCACCCCUUGGCAGGCGGGGGUAAUAAAAACAAGAAGAAGGAGCCCAACCCUUCACUUAUGGGUGCCAACGCAGCCGGAAAACCGCAGAAGAAGCCGGUUAAUAACCUGCCCCUGCAUGAUCUUUUUAUUAUUUACGAUGAAAACAAAAAACGCAUUAUCAAUGAACGGGAGCAGCAGGGACGUGCAAUGCGGAAGCCCAUGAAUUACCAACCCGCUGGGGUGUGCCCCUUUCGCGGACGACCUGCCGUUGUCGAAGCCAAUGCAGAUGGCGGGGAACAAAGCCAAAAGAUCCCAUCGGCGUUGCGUCCCAUUUACGAUAAUGUCAAAGCACUCCCCCAUGCAAUUCCAAAGACAGAGAAUCAAUCUAUUCCGGCCCCUAGCGUCGCUGCCCUUGACGCUGCUAAAGCAGCAAGGAGACCUCUACCGUUAACCAGUUUGGAGGACCAGCACCAAUCUAGCAACAGAACGGAGGCUAGGAACGAUGCUGAAGACAAUGAUGACAGCACGCUUGCCGCCAAUGAACCCAAAGACGAUCUUGCGUUCGUCCUGCGGGAGAUGACACAUCAUCUCGAGUCUGUUCUUAGUAGUGCUGUUUUGACAGAUAACAAUUGUGAGACUAGCGGCGUAAAAGGGACACCGUGGGCGAAUUCGUCUGCGGCUACAUCCUCUGCUGGCGUGGAUCGUACAACCAUCUCUCCUUGCCCGACAACAGAGCUUAAUCCGGACGAGGUUGGACAGGAGUUCUCAGAUGCAAUGGGUACUACGCUUAACGUCGAGGACUUGCAGAAGCCCCCGAACAAAACUCCUAUUUCUUCCGAAGGGGUCAAUGGCUUUGCUGAAGGUGAUCGCAUCUCGCUGUGCAUUUCGCGUUACGAUGAGGUGUGGCCCCCUCUUGGUGCCCCAGUGACGCCAGCACGAAUUGCGGCCUCUCCGGUAAGAGGGGGUGAAAAGAGUGAGGGAGUGAAUGCCCGACCAUUUUGUGACAUCUACUCACCGAAACCGGGGGGGUCAUCUCCGCCGCGUAGUCUGACUGCUGAUGCAGCCGCGGUCCAGGGAGUGGGGGCAGCAUCAGUAACGGGAGCAGCGGUGGAGAGGGGGGAAGAAAGAGAGGAGGUUCCCUUAUUCACCGGUGGGUGUCUUUGCGAUGGGGUUCGCUUUACUGGCCUAGCUUCCACCAUCUUUGGCAGCUUUGUGUGCAAUUGUGUGGCGUGCUCAAGGUUCUCUGGGUCGAUGAUGGGGGUGGAGUGGCUGCACCUACCGGAUAUAACAUUUGAGGGGUUCUUCACUGAAAUCUCGCCAGCAAACUCAUCCUUGCCCCCACCCCCACAACGACCCCAAGUGGUGCCAGCGGAGGUCCCUGCGGGGGCUGGCAUCUCCGCCGCGCAGGCACUCACAAAGACUAACCCAUCAUCCACGCUGAAGAACGACGCGGUGACAGCUGACAAUGCCGACACCGCCAAAGAAUCAGGAGGAAGCGGCGACACCGGAAGGGUGAGUCUUCCACAACUUUUGAGAAAGUUCACGCUGGAGGUGCCAAUGAUAGACGAAGACGGUGUCGAAGGAAUGGGGGUGUAUGCGGUAUACUUCUGUGGCCGCUGUGGCUCCACCAUUGGAAUGGACCAUAGCGAUAUUGAUGGUUGCAUUAUCGCCAAGGCGGUGCUCUCAGAUGCAAGUUUGGCCAUAUUGGAGUCAUUUCAACAGACGAUGCCGCUUGGCACGGAUGAAGCGCUCCUUCCACGAAAAGCCUAG